UUUGAGGAGAAAAAAAAAAUCUUGACUUGGGAACAAAAAAUUCUGCUUCCCUUGCAGAUUAACAUGGCAGAAGGAGGCAUUAUUUUUGUGAAAGACUUCUCUUUAAUCUAACUUUGAUUCAGUUAUAAUUUUUUUGAUGAUUGCAGAUAAAUCCGACCAUGAAUUGUAAAGGGCUAUGUGGUGGCUGAGGCCAGCACUGGCUAUAAAUACCAGCCUUGGCUUGAGAAACGAGAGCCCCCUUUUGAAGUUAUCAAUCGUGGCCGGGGCGGGAAAAUAGCGAUUCGGGGGAAAAAAACCUUACCCCCCAAGGGUUCGAAGGCGAAAACCCUAGAAACCCUAGUGGUUCCUCGUCUGCAAACCUUUACUCCUGCCACCCUCAGUUCCAAUGCCGACUCUUCUUGAACAGUUCAUCCACGAGGAGGAGGAGGUCGAUCAUCCGGUGAGGUACCUACCGAUCCGUCAUGUAUACUCCUCCACCACUCCCUGCGUCUGCUCCAGUGGGUCUUCCAAUGUUAUCUCUAAAAAAGUUAGGGCGCGAAAGCUCGUCGCGGAUGAAGAGGAGGAAUGCACAGGGGAUGAAAAGCAGCUGACUGGUCUUUUCCAUGGAGGGCUUCGCUGGGGUAAUGCUGAAAAGCCGAUUUUUGUGUACAGCCGACGGCUUAAGAAGCCACGGGAAAUGCCGGAACGGGAGGAACCUGGCAACUCUGCGGCCCCAAUGGUGAAGUCUGAAAUUUUUAGCGACGCGGAAUCGGAGAAUGAUAAGGAUAGAGAGAUCGAAGAGAGGAACGGGGAGAAGCAGGGAAAUGUUAGGAAUCUAAUUGGAGCUGAGGGGCAUUCAGUUGGUGUUGGGAGUAGAAUAAGGAAUCGGAGGAGGGUAAAAUUUGAGCUGCUGGGCCUUGGAGCUGUGCUUGCUGACCCGGAUUGCGAUGCAGCAGGUGAGACUCGAAGGAGAGGGAGCAGAAGAUUGUCAAGGGUCAAUCCUCCUGUGGAAAGAAAGAUGUGUCGCCCUAGUCUGAACGAUUCUUCUUGUUCUCGCAUUGGGAAGAAAUGGGUCGAAUUGGAUUUUGAGGGGGCAGAUCCCUAUGCAUUUGUUGGUCUGGCAUGCAAGGUUUUCUGGCCGCUGGAUGACGGCUGGUACAAGGGCUCUGUCGUGUCCUAUGAUUCUGACAGCCAUCGACAUCAUAUUAAGUAUAAUGAUGGGGAUGAAGAACGCCUUAUUGUUGCGAAUGAGAAGAUACAAUUUCAUGUUUCUUCUCAAGAGAUUGAACGCUUGCAUUUGAAGAAGAAGGAGUUCGAUCAUUAUGAAAUGCUUUCAUUAGCUGUCAUUUCUGAAGACUGUGAUGUCCCUGAAUCUGGGGAUGUCGUGUGGGCAAAACUCACAGGGCAUGCCGUAUGGCCAGCACUGAUAGUGAAUGAACCAUGUGCUGGUGCAAGUGUUCCGAAGCGGGAGCAGUCAUUUUUUGUACAGUUUUUUGGAACACAUAAUUUUGCAAGGGUUAAUCUUAAGCAAGUUAUGCCAUUUGGUAAGGGCGUUCAUUGUUCUCUUGAUCUGAAAUGCAAACAAGAUAGUUUCAUUCAGAGCUUGGAUGAAGUGAAAAUGUACUUAAGUAAUCAGCAGCUUCCAGAGAGAAUGCUGCGGUUUCAGAAAUCUACCGGUGUUAGUCAUGGUAAGGUUGCUUCUGAAGAGAGUGAGGAAGGUGUCUCUGCAUUUGUAGACCUUUCAGGGGAUGAAGUAACGCAACUUGCAGAUGAAUGCAUUUAUCUACCAAUUGAAAUAGGAAAUCUUCGUGUAACUAGUUUAGGAAGGGUUGUCCAAGAUUCAGCUUAUUUCCAUAGGAAACAGCAAGUCUGGCCUGAAGGAUAUACUGCUUAUAGGAAAUUUGCGUCUUUGAUAGAUCCAAGUGUGAUAGCUGUAUAUAAAAUGGAAGUAUUGAGGAAUCCCAAGUCAAUAUCUCGGCCAUUAUUCAGAGUUACAACAGAUGAUGGAGAGCAGAUUGACGGAUCAAAUCCAACUGCUUGUUGGAAGGAAGUCUAUGAGCGGAUAAAGUGCAUGCAAGGCCAUGGUUCUCUUGCUGAAGUGGAAGGAUGUGAUUUGCAAAAGUCGGGUACUUACAUGUUUGGCUUCUCAGUUCCAUUGAUAUCCAAGCAUAUUCAGUGUAGGUCAGGCUUGAAGAAUGGUGAAAGUCUACCUGCUGGCUAUAGAGCUGUUCGAAUUGAUUGGAAAGAUCUUGACAGGUGUAAUGUUUGCCAUAUGGAUGAGGAAUAUGAGGAAAAUCUCUUCUUGCAGUGUGAUAAAUGUCGUAUGAUGGUCCAUGCCAGAUGCUAUGGUGAGUUAGGACCCAUGGAUGGGGAGUUAUGGCACUGUAAGUUAUGUCGUAAUGGGGCACCUAGAUCUUCUCCGCUAUGCUGUCUCUGCCCUGUCAUAGGUGGCGCAAUGAAACCUACAACUGAUGGUCAAUGGGCCCACCUGGCUUGUGCUAUAUGGAUUCCUGAAACUUGCUUAUCUGACGUGAAGAAAAUGGAACCUAUUGAUGGGAUAGACAGAAUACAUAAGGAUAGGUGGAAACUUUUGUGUAGCAUCUGCCAUGUAACUUAUGGGGCUUGCAUCCAGUGUUCUAACAAUACUUGCUGCAUUGCAUAUCAUCCUCUCUGUGCCCGUGCUGCUGGUUAUUGUGUUGAGCUAGAAGAUGAGAACAAAAUUCAUUUGAUGUCGCUUGAUGAUGAUGAUGAUGAUCAAUGUGUUCGUCUAGUUUCAUUUUGCAAGAAGCAUAGCCAGCCAUCUAGUGAGCGUACGCCCAUUGAUGAGGGUCUAACAUUGCUUGAAAAACGUGAUUCCUGCCAUGUCCCUAUAUCCAAUCUUUCUGGUUGUGCAAGAACAGAGCCUUAUAAUUUUGAAAGAAGAAGAGGACAAAAAGCUCCACAAAUCCUUGCUGCCUCUUCAAACAAACGAUCAUAUGUUGAGAACCGGCCUUAUCUUGUGACUGGUUAUUGCCAAAAUGGCCUUCCAUCUGGCAUUUCAAGCAACAAAUCUAUGCAAACAAUUUGUUCAUCUGGUGAUCUAAGAAUGAAAAGUCAACCUGAAACUUCUGUAAAAGUUUCUUCAAUGUCUGAGAAGUAUGAAAACAUGAAGUCAACUUUUAGAAUACGAUUAGCAUUUGGGAAAUCAAGAAUCCAUGGAUUUGGCGUUUUUGCUAAGCUUCCACACAGGGCUGGAGAUAUGGUCAUUGAAUAUUCUGGUGAACUUGUCCGACCAUCAAUUGCGGAUAUAAGGGAACAUUGCAUAUACAAUUCACUAGUGGGUGCAGGGACAUACAUGUUUCGCAUUGAUAAUGAGCGAGUCAUUGAUGCCACUAAAGCGGGAAGCAUUGCUCAUCUAAUUAACCACUCUUGUGAACCAAAUUGUUAUUCAAGGGUGAUCAGUGUUAAUGGCGAUGAACAUAUUAUCAUAUUUGCAAAACGAGACAUUAGCCAAUGGGAGGAGCUGGCAUACGAUUAUAGGUUCUUUUCAAAGGAUGAAUUGGCAUGCUAUUGUGGCUUCCCAAGGUGUCGUGGCAUUGUUAAUGAUAUUGAAGAGCGAUUAGUAAAGAUUGAGGCUCCUAGAUCAGAUCUAAUAAAUUGGGAUGGUGAAUGAAAGAAUUUGAGAAAACUGAUUCGUUUGUAUAUGUAAUGCGGACAAGUGAAUGGAGAUCUGCUACAUGAUAUUCUUAUGGCUUCCCAGGUUACAUGCAAUGGAAUACUGAGUUUUUUUCUGGAUAAUUUAUAGAGGAUUGCCACACUGCCAUUGAUUUGAAGAAAUUUCAACUUCCAUGAACUGCUUGUCCAAAUUUUUUUUUGGUCCAACAGAUGCCAUUUUUGUGAAAUUAUGUUAUGUACGCUUCUUGCCAACUAUACAUAGAGGAAGAUAUUGUAUUUUAAUUUUUUUUAUUAAUUAAUAUGCCAAAGAAGCUCUUGUAAAUAAUUGAGAAAUUUUCUAAUACAAUUUUCCCCUUACGAUUAUAUUGCUGAGGGCGUUGCAAAUUU